AUGUCGUUUGAAACUCCACGCACUGUCAGAGAAGCUAAAAUGCUUCGCGGAAACGCCAAGAGAAAAAUAACCAAUUUCGUUAAAGAUGGACUCUCCCUUUUACAGUCGGACGAAGGGAUUCCCUGUGAUGAAUAUAAACUCUUAGCCGAUAUGAUCCGAGAACAUUUAGACACAUUACAAGUAACAAUUGAUCAUGUAAUUAAAUUCAAAUUUGAAGAACUAAAGGUUGCUGAAUAUAAAUCCGAAGAAGACUUAGAUAACGCUGAACAAGAGAUAGCCAUGAUUGAACAGGCACAUUUCUGUGAAGCUCAAGACAACGCAAUGCCAAUCGUUCGUGAUUUAAUACGUUGUGCUAAACGACUACUAGACGCUGAAUCACCUACUAUUCAACCCCAGAUCAACCGAUCCAACCAACCCGUAUCGUCACAUGCUCGACUAGCCAAAAUUAAGUUUGCUACCUUUUCUGGAGAUUUGCGAGACUACAAAUUAUUUAAGAAACAAUUUCUUCACUAUUCACAGCAUUUAGAUGAAAUUGAAUGUUUUUACCAAUUAGUGGAAUCAAUGGAGAAAGUCAGAGAAAAGAAUAAAAUAAAAUCUUGUAUUAAAACUUUACUUGGAGAUUUAGAGAGAAUGACUUCAUAUGAUACGAAAGGACAUAUUAAUAUAUCUGCAAUGGAAAAGUUCGUUGAAGCUCUUCAAAACUUUGAGUCGCAAAUGGAUUCUUUAGGGAAAUCAGCAGAUCUGAAUGGACGAGUUCUUGUCUCACAAGUUCGAAGAAAACUCCCAGAAGAGCAUCGUAUAUCAUACCUAAAAUGUGUUAGAGAUGAAGGUUUAGAAGACACUCUGUUUGGACUCGUCAGAUGGCUACAUUCACAACUAGUUCUUCUGAAGAAAGCUAAAGGUUCAAUUGAUUCAUCAGAUAAUCAUAAAUCAUUAUUCUUAUAA